CUUAGACUUGAGUUUCCUGUGUUUUCCAAUUACUCUGAUCAUAUCGCUGGAUCGCAGAUUUAACUUGGCUGUUUCAAUGCCACGGGCUAAAUAACGACAUAACAGCGAUCUGUCACGUGUAGGAAAACGUAUCUGAGAUGAUCGUGGCAAGAACGUGUUCUGGGUUGUGAAUCAGAAGUUAGCGAUCGUUGUUUUAGUUAGGAACAUUGUUGAUUCUCAGACAAGCGCUCAUAUAACCCUGUUCAACGAUGAGUCGUUCCAAUCCGAAUCAACUGAGGUAUAUCAAGGUUUGAUUUUUGUUAAUUACUGUGUGAUCACCACUAAUGAUUUCUGUGUAAUUUUCUGUCAUUUCAGUUGUUAUUUGGGUCGCUUGUCACGUUCAGAAACUGAUAAAUUGUUGUUGGGAAGGAAGCCUGGCACUUUUCUUAUCAGAGACAGCUCGUCGAUUCCCGGAGACUUCGUUCUUGCCGUAAGGUAUCUGACUCCAGAAACAUAUUUUUCAUUGUUUCCAUGUCAUUCUUCAAAUGAUUUUAAACUCUGAUCGCGAAGCUCUCUUUUACCGGAAGGGUAAUAUACGCUUACUUAAGCAAUCUUCAUAUUCAUACACGCUUGUGGUCUCAUAAGAUUCCAUCACAGAGCAAGUUUGUACAACGCGGUCAGUGAAGUUUCCUCUUUAAACAAAGUUGACCACACGCUCAUUUGCAGCAUGAUCAGAGUUUGAUCUCACUAAAUCACAUGGUAGAUAGUUUACAAAACUAAACUGUACGUCAAAAAGCUAACUCUUAAAACGAAGGUUGCUUUUGACACAAUCCAGCGUUCACCGAAAAGGUUCAUCUACAAACAUAGAUCACUAUUUAUUUCGCUGUAUAUACAUCAACUGUAUUAGCCCUCUUGUUACCUAUUUGUGAAACCUUCAGACAAAUAUCUUGUUCCGGAAUUUAGUGACCGCCACACUGUGGUGCCUGUUAAUUUGUAUCUAUAAGCGAAAGUGUAAUUGACUAAUAUUUCCAUUUUGCGAUCUGGAGUAAUAUGGACAGCCAAUUGAAAGUGCAAGUCGAUUUGUCAGCGCUAAGUAGCACUUUGUCAACACAACUGAUGACUUCCAUUAGCAAUUUCACGUAAAAAAUCUCUUCGAAGACAAUUUUUUCCAAGAAACACAGUAAAUUUUUGCUGUUGGAAGCACUUCUACAAUUCUUUAUAUUGAAGGAUAGGUUUUGCUAAACAGGAAGUAAUUUAAUGCAAAUACUAAUGACAAGAUGAGAUAGUUAUGUAUUUCCAUAAUGUUUUUUAAUAGAAUUCUUUUGUUUUAUGUCAAGAAGUUGGUCUACAUGAGAUUGUUUUAACAACAAUUGGUCAUAUGAAAAAGAUCUAGGGAAAAAUUUUUAGGCUGAUUAUUUUAAUGGUACAAUUUUGGAAUCUCUCUCAAGUGUUCCAAAUACCAUUACAUUUCCUCAUUGGAUGCAUUUUAAUACAUCAGAUAAGCAGCACUUGAGUUGCUAUUGCUGUGCAUGAUAGAAAGUAGUUCAGAGCUUUAGAAGGCUUUGCACAUGUGGCCAUUAGGGUUUUGCUUGUAAGUUUUUGAGUGUGAGUCUGGCAGAAACUGCUAUAUGCUAAUGUAAGAAUUAGGAAUCCUACCUUGUUGAACACGAGAGCUUGAAUUACCAGUUUGGUUGUAAAUGAGGAGUUCAGAUUUGCAAAGAGUGGUCUCCCUUUGUGAAUUAAUGUUUAGUGGACAAUAAAAUUAAAAAAAAGAAAUGAAAUUAAAUGAACAAAGAGAAAGUCAAGUGAAUGGGGAAUUUAUGCGCCAAAUAUUUCUGAGAAUUAAAGGGAUAAAAAUUAGAAAAUGAAGCUGUUUUCUUGUUAGAGCAUGAGAUUCUCAGAAGUAUCACACUGAACUUCCAGAUGUAUAGCAAUCUUACAAUAUUGUCUUUUAAGGUAAAAAUGAAUGCCAAAAAAUACAGAUACAUGUUGUUGUCCCAUUUCCCCUGAUCAAAUACUCAGAGUACAUGAAAUUUUAUUUUUCAGUGAAGGUGGAAAAGUCAGCCAUUACAUAAUCAACAGCAAAGGGAGUCAAUAUCAGAUAGGAGAAAACACUUUUCCAGACCUUCAUAGUAUUAUAGACUUUUACAAGAAACAUUUCCUAGACACAACAAACUUACAGGAGCCGGUAAGUCAUCUGUUGUUGUUGUCGUUAUGUACAAUGUACUCUGUCAGCAUGCAAUAACUCUUAGACUCUUAAUUAGAGAACCUUAUUAGUUCCAGUGGUUUUAUAGCACUUUCAUUCUCCUAAAUUUGCUUUAAGGAAUAAUUUCGCUCUGUUUUGUGUGUUUAAACAGCCAGAGGAUUGGGAAACAAAACAUCACUUUAGCAUGGCCUUACCUUACAUGUCUUUUUUCUAUCAGCUCUUUUUCAACUUGUGUUUUUCAACUCGUGUUUUUCAACUCAUUCAUUCUUUCAUUGACUGAUUCAUUCAUUAACCAUUCACUGGACUGUUAUAAUUGGAAGUAAAACUAUUGAGAUAAGGGUUAUUUAAUGUGUUCACUUGUCAACAAUUAAAACCUAUACAAAGUUGUGUCAAAGAAGAAAUUUGAGUGGUGUUUUGUGGGGAUGGGUUGAUACUAAUACUUCUGGUGAUAGCAAGGUCUGAUUGAAAAAUAUGGAUACCAGCAAAAAGUAUCUAUAUUUCAGUACUGCAUGCGAUCUGCCUGUCUCAUGUCUGUGACCUAACACUGAUAUGGAACCGAAAAGACCGUGGGCUCAAGGCUGGGCAAUGAGCACUGCAGUGUACCAGUUUAAGUGGCACACGAGCACUGUAGGAAUGAACUCAUCGACGACUGUCUGCCAAUGCUUUUGCAGAGUAUUGAAUACUGCAUAGCUUAACAGUGCUAGAUAAAUUUUGGCAAUCAAAAUAAGUUACUAACUUGUACCAUUUAACUCAAUGAUGAUGCAGUAUUGAUUUCAAUAUCAAUAUAGAAGGAAAACAUCAGUAUUGUACUUGGUGUCAUAUUGAUAUGGAAAAAUGGUUUUGGCCCAUCCUUAGUGUUUUGAAUUUAAUUUAUAAGCUACUCUCAAAAAUUUUACAUUAAAUAUUUGUGACUGUGAAAGGCAAAACGGACACUAAUGGUUAUCUGUUCAAACAAGUAAACCAUUUGUUAUCCAUUCAUCAUCCAUUCAAAUGCCUAAAAAAAUCCAUUCAAAGCGUUCAACAAACCAUUCAAACGGUUUGCAUAUCCAUUGGAAAUACAUUAGCAUCCUUUCAAAGUAUUGCAACAUCCAUUCAAAUGGUUCUGACAUCCAUUCGAACAGUUUUUGCAUCUGUUUGCCAACUAGAGGUGUUUGUUUGGAGAACUGCAGCAUCCUUUUGGUAAACCAAUCAUAUAACCAAUUGUAUGGAUUAAUAAUUGUUUUCAUCCGUUCUUAUAGCUUGCCAUUCAGUUUGAUAUUAUCCGUUUUACUCAUCCAUUCGAAUGGCUAAGCAAACCAUUCUAACGGCUAAUCAAACCAUUCAAAUAAUUUAUUCACCCAUUUGAACGGUUUGCCUGUCCGUUCGAAAUUUUUACUCAUCUGUUUGAACGGCUAAUCAAACCAUUGAAAUCAUUUAUUCACCCGUUUGAAAAGUUUGCCUGUCCAUUCGAAAUUUUUACUUGUCCAUUCGAACAGCUGACCAAACUGUUCAAAUAAUUUAUUCAUCUGUUCGAACAGUUAGGCAAACUGUUCAAACACUUCAAGGACUGUUCGUUAACCAUGUGUUUUUGCCGUUUGCACAGUUUUCCGUUAGUGUCUGUUUUGCCUUUCAGGGUCACAUUUAUAUCUUCACCCACUGUCUUCAUUUGUUAUAAGCUAUUAUGUAUAUUUGCGCAAUCAUGACUGGUGUAAGUAACUGACGAUAACUUUUUGAUUCAUAGCUAUUUAAAGUGCUAGCUCAGUAUCCAUUUUCUGCUAAGGUAAUGUAUUAAACAUCUUACCAAUGUUAUUUUUUAUCAUGUGGUCUUAAUUUGUUUCUGAAGUAUUAUAUUUGGCUGUAAUGUUGAAUCUGAUUGGCUAAUUGUGUGCUUAUAGUCGGUUCAGCUUUUGACAAUAUAGACAACAAUCAGCACCAUUAACUGUAGAGGGAAAAAGCAAACCAGCAUUCAGAAAUAAAUGUAAUUUACUAGUCCUACUUUGGUCCAUGUGGGGAAAAAACUGUUCCCUUGGUCCUCGGCCUCAGGCCAUACACAGGGAGUCAGGUACAAUUUUUUCCAUACGGACCUGUCACCUGGUAAAUAAAGUCCUUGGAAACAAGAACCAAGGAGUGUCAUGUUGUAUUGGUUAUGAGUAGCUAAACAUCUUUUUUGAACUUGAAACAUAUUUGUUGAGUAUUGUGCAAGAUUUUGAAGGGUUUGGUGGACAGUGUGUUGUUGUGUGAAUUCAAAUGAAUCACGUUGGUCCAUAUUACAUCCUAUGGUGUCAAUUUUAUACAGGACGCAGAAGAUCUCAGCUUCAAAAAAGGCGAUGUUUUGAUAGUUGUUGAACAAAAUGAAGAAAAGUGGUGGACUGCUAUAAAUGAACAAGGCCAGAAAGGCCUCAUUCCUGAACCAUAUGUCAAAAAGGUAUGGGUGAUGUCUUUGUUUGAUUCCCACUUACACAUCUUCACACAUUUACUAGGGGUUUGAAUUGGUUUUGAAGUGAAUGGAAAAACUGUAAACUAAGCAGCAACUGUAAUUGAAAUUCUAUUUUUACCCCAUGGAUAAUUUUUUUAUAGCUGAUUGGAAUCUGCCAGCUACAUUUUCUAAAAAAUCUUAAUAUCCUGAUUACAGCUUUAUCCAGUGUCAUGUGAAGACAACAUACCCUAGUUUAUCACCCUCUCUUAUCUAAAAUACCUUAAUUUAUACUUAACUAUUCAAUGGGUAUCAUGGGAGAAAUCUUGUCCUUCUCACACAUAGAAAUGAAAAUAGAAAAGAUGUUCAGAUAUACAAGAUUGUUACAGAAGCCCUGGUAUGUGCUUGCCUUUCAGCUUUGUGAUCUUCAACAACCAGGCUCUCCAGUACCACCUGCUGCACCACAGCCAAAUGAUCAAAGAAGGUCUAUGCCUCCACCUGCAACUACAGUUCAAAAUAACAGUGAUGUCAGAAGAACAUCAGUGCCGCCCAACAUGAGACCGAUGCCACCGGUAAUUUAAUCACAAAAAAUCUUUAAUUCAUUGUUUUUAAAGAUGUCAAUCUUGAAAACCAGAUUUAUUUUAAUUUAGGCUUAUGUUCCUGAACUGCUCAUGCUAUAUUUGUCAACUGCAUUUUUCCAGUAUAGUUUACACAUGGCAGUGUCUUUUGGUUCAAGGUGGUGCUGUAUAUCUAAGUGCUCAUAGACACAAUGUGCAAACUUAUCUCAAUGUUAUCUCCUCUACCUUUUCCUUGUUACCAAGUGGAAAAACAUCCCUUUUUGUUGACUAAAAUCUUCCAAGACAGACACACUGUUGCAAAUUAGAUGUGCUGUCGCACUAAUAGGCCAUUUUGCAGUUGUGUACUUAGUUGCCAAGCCUUUGAUUUGUAGUGAGGCUGAAGUUGACCAUGUUGUGAUAGAGACUAGUAUCUAGUUAGCAUGAUAACAUAGUAAUGGAACUAAUGGAACUAAAAAAUCACCAUUCCACCAAGAGUAAACUCCUGUGAAGUUUUUAUACCAGACAGAGUACUUGUCAUAGCCUCUGCUUGCCUUCUUAAAAAAUUCCAUACUGAUUUUUUUCGUUACACAAUCAAGUUGGAAAAAAGGUGCAGUUUGACAUCUUGUCUUCGUUCAGUAGGAUGCUGCAAUCCAUAAAUAUGUUUUUAUUGAUGCCCUUCAAAAAUGGAAGUAGAUCAAUCUAUCGCUUUGGAGAUGCAUUUUUUCCUUUGGUCAGUGCUUUUUGAUGUGUUUAAUUUGUUGUGCAAUCUAAACCUUCUUUGUUUUCAAUAGACGGCUGAAACAGAAGGAUCAAUGUAUGUCCGUGCUACACGGAAACAUCUCAUGCCUUAUGAUGACACAACUCUAGCUUUUGAGGUAAAUGCAUUCACUGUGUCAGCUUCUAAGAUAACUUGGGCAGCAUGUUUUUGAAGCGUGAAGUUCACAUGUUAUUGAAAAUGGACAGGGAAAGAUUUCCUGAUGCCCAUGGAACAACACAUUUUGAUCUUACUAAUACAAUACUAAAUGCUGCCUUGCAGAAAGGAGAUAUCAUCAAAGUUCUAAAGAAAUACGACAAUGGAAAGUGGUUUGGUCAAAAAGGUGACAGAACAGGCUAUUUUCAGUUUAACUAUGUGCAAGUAAUACCAGCAAGUGAAAGUCCAGAUUGAAUGGAAUGAGCAGUAAUUAAAAUGUAACUAAUGAACAUUGAAAUUAGAAUUAGGAGUUUCCAGAUCUUCAUGUUGUCAAUCAAUUCUCAAUCAUCUCAAAAGUUAAUCACAAUAGGCGUUGUUGAUGGAGCGCCAGCAUUAAUGAGUAAUAUCACUGGGAUGUUUUCCAUUUACAAGGUUUGCCAGUGGCAUGGAUUAGCUCCUCUGAGAAUUACUACAAACAAGAGCAACUUUUGAUGCUUCUUCUCGGCACAAACUUACACUUUUAUUCCUCGCUUUACUGACUUCCUUGGCAAAUGCUGCUUCAUGCAAAGGCACCCUUUGAAUUUUACCAUUGCUUUGUGCAUGGACAAAUCUCUCUCAGGCCACAGUUUCUCUUAGCAAUUUUCAACUAUGCUAUCGAAAAUGGGGUAAACUUUGAAUUAUUUGUCAUGCCUCUGAUUUUUUCUCACAACUUGCUGUGUAUUGUUAUUCAAAUGAAAAUACUGUGAUAAUUUAUCAAAACGAUUUCUUGACAUGACCUUUUGUACAGACAGAAUACCGAUGAGUGGAUCUUUGCUCUAGUAGAGCAAAACAGUAAAAAACAACACAUUUAAAUGCUUUCAUGUAAUCCAAGGAAUGUUUUCAUCUCUGCGAGUGUUGUUCUGUACCAUUCAGGGACAGGUUUUGUAACGAUGGAUUCCUGUGUACUGAUUAGUUUCGCCAACUAUGUGUUUGAUUAAGUCAAAAUUGGUCAAAACACAAUUAGUCCACAGAAUGCAGAUACACACUCCCAGGAAUAAGACGUGGUGACGCUAGAGUGCAGAGGUGCACUCUCAGGGCCUAAAAUUUGAAGCGAAUGGUGAUGGAAGGGAGAGAAUUCGGUGAAACAAACCAUUGAAAUUAACUAAGAAAUGGCUCUGUGCAUACAUAAUAAAAUAUCAUUCUGUACAUUCUUCAUAUUCAUGAGAUUAGAAUUUUUUGAACCCCAAUAGUGAAUUUUUAUAUCCAUAGGAAAAAGGGGGCCUGUAUUCAUAAAGGGACCAUAACAUAAAUUUGUGGUAAAAAAGCCACCUACACGUACACCUACAUGUACCCAUUUAUAAAUUUUGCAAGAGACCUACAGAUACAAAGUAUAUUUUUCAUUUUCUUUGUAUAAGCUUAUUUUUAUAUCAUUGCCUUAGCGAGACUCUUUCAAUAGAUUCUAAGGCAUUAAAGAGAGUUGUGUGCAUGUAUAGUAGCAGACAAAUAGCAUUCAGUUGUCUCUGGCAAAUUCGGCCAAAAAAAAUUUCUGAUCCAGAUGUUCAUGCAGAUAAGCAGCACCCACUGAUUUGUUACAAAAUGUUUGGAAAAAAAGGUGCAGCUUAUAUGCCUGUAUUUGUGGUAGUUGCCUUUAAGAAGCAUCAAGCAUUCUUAUUAAUUCCCACAAGCGAGCUAUUGGCAUAACUUUACCAGAUAAAUGAUGAACAUCCCUUGUAUUACUCCUCAAGAAAUAGCUAGCUUGACUUAAAUUAGUGAUAUAGAUUUUAUUUGAUUUUGUGUUAGUGAACUUUGUAGUGUACAAAGCAGCCAUGGAUGGCUUAUUCAAGUACUUAAUAAUAAUAUUUGUGGGGAGAACACAGCAUAUCCUGACAUUUGUGACGUUGGAAUGUGACUUGAGAGAAUAGUCCAGCUUUUGUAAAGUAAAUACCUUAAGAACCCAAAUAAGUACAUUUCUGCGUAGAAGAGGUAUACACCUAUGAAGAAUUUUUAUUUUUGAAAUUGUGCAAUAACUUCAAUUGAGUGUUAUGAUAUGGAUGAAAUUUUUGGACUGAGGUAACUGAUGCAGUAGCACACAUCUACUCAGUUUCUGUUUUAUUUGUAAUAAUUUUCCUUAGUAAUAAGAUGAAGCAAGUGGAACAUGCUUUCUAAGUUACAAGCUUUCUAAAGAAAUGCUUUGUUUGCUUGAAAUCAAUUGGUGAAUGAAACAGUGUAAAUCUGGUUGGAGUUGGGGCACUCUCCCUCUGUGAUGGGUGUGAACUACCUUAUAAGGUAUGCUUUUAGGGGUUCAAGGUUUAAACAGGGUACACAAUUUGACCAUUAAGCUUUAUAGGGUAUCUUUUUGGACCAGAAACCUUGAACAGUGUGGGAACAUGGCAUAAUCCAGUCUAACUACUUGGUACUAAAUGAAAUUGCUUGUAAUUCUUAUGUUAAAUUUUCUGCUUUUCGGAGUUUUCAAAAGUGCUUUCUAGAGGUCAGUGUGUGUUACUUUAAAUGUACACAAUUUCUCCUGAUCAAAACGGUUGUAGAAUGAACAGGUUU